AUGGGCGGAAAAUCACCUGCCAUGAGCCGGAGGCUUUCCAAGCCUCAAUCCAAAAAUUCUUCCUGGUCAGACCUUCUUGAUGUUACCAGCCAUCACCAGGAGUCCAGCUCGCCUAUGACCUCCUCCGAUCUCGACUACUUUGGUGACACAGUGACCGUGAGCUCGGGUGGUGAGCGGAGGAGCAAACGCAAAUCUCGGUCCAAGCUUCGAGAGUAUUUAUACGGCUCGUCACAUGAAACCCCUCAAGAUCUUUCUUCAGACGAAGAACAAGCAAGCCUUCCAAUUCGUUUGGCAGGAGCUCCUACAUCAUCGAGAAACGGCCUGUCAAGGAGCGGAUCUGGGUUCACGCAAUUGUCAAGUACUAAAACAUCAGCUCUGCAGCUCACCAGUAGCUCAAGCUCGAAGUUGCUCACAGCCACAGGCGCAACCGAGUCCGCUGUUGUCGCCGAGCAAAUUAAAGAAAGAGCACACAAAGACAGCCUGGCUGCUCAGAAACAUGUCUCAUCCCCUGGCGAAGAGGACAUGUACACCGAGUCUUUCUUUCCCCCAACACGCCGCAAGUCGCUGUACACACCCGGACUGGCUACAAGAAGCACCAGUGAUAUCUUACGAAAGCCGCCCCUUCCAGGACGUCCUCAGAAACGACUAUCUGAAGAGGAACGAAAUUAUUACUACAAUCCUUCGCAUUCGGAGUCUUCUCCAUUGUCGCGGCUUGCUGCACUCGCACUCUCAAAUGACGGUAGAUCAACUCCUACGGAUUUGAAUGUCACACAACUCGGAGGACUAAGGUUAGGUACGCUUCGGGUGACGAACGGCACGAUCUCGCCGACGCUGAAAACGUCGAAGCUUGGGACAUAUCACUCACCAACGCCGAGCUCGAGUGGACACGACGCCUAUCAUACAGCGUCGGAGGGUAGUGGCGAUGAAGCGUUGCCAGAUGAAACAAUUCGACUCGAGGACCACUCGCAAUUGGAGAAAGGAUCGACUCCUACCCAUAGAGAAUACGGUCAGCAGCAAGUACAAACGAAGCCGUCUCCGGAUGCAGUGAACACUCUUCCCUCUGCCUCCAGCAUGGCUUUCGAGUACAUCGCCGAGAUUAACAGCAGUCCUUUCUCCCAUUCAUCUACAUCGACGGAUCAAUCAUUCAAAGCGAGAGCAUUCCAAGAUGAAGCUGUUGUUCUGUCGGAGACACAAGCCUUACUUGGGCCUGGGGUAUCUCGGGUUCCUCAAGAGGACGCGUUUGACAAUGUCAAUGGUGCUGGGGGUCCAAAUGAAACAACCCAAAGGUGGUCUGUACCACGUUCGCAAGCCGCCAAGUCUACAGUUGAGUCAGAUCCAAUCAUGAACCAAGACAGUGGCUACAACUCGACUGAGUCAAACGCCUCUGAUAAGAGUAAUGGGAGCAUCAAUCAUCGUCAUUCCACCUUCAAUCCGAACAGCCUUCGUCUCGAAGCAUUUGAAGAAAAGCGGCCUAUCUGCGCGCCCGUACAACCCUUUGGCAUUCGUGAUUCUGACGGACUUGAUCGCCUAGAGGCCGAAGUCCACGAGUAUCGGCCAAGGGACGCUACUCUUCCAUCCGCAAUUUCUAUGGAUGUGUCGCCGCGACUGGCCAGGGGACGCCGGCUACAAAAGAAUAGACCUAUGUCGCAGCCACCCGUGCAAACAUUAAUCAAUACUGGUCUCUCCCAGUUUUCGGAGGAUACCAUACCUCGGGUGCCUUCUGCAAUGGCAUUGAGGCAUGCUGAACGUCUCAUGCAAUUUCCGGCCCUGCAGCAUACAUACCCCACGCGGCAACACGUUUCAUCCGACGAGGGUGCUGGAUCAAAGAAGUCUGACUCGACGCUAGUCAGGUUCCCAUCUCCUGCAAGUGCCAUUGAAGCCGCCAGGACAUUCUGGCCUCUCGACGCCAAACCUUCAAAGCCCAGUGACUUCAAGUCGAUUGAGUACUCGUCUACCUCAUCUCAUGCCGCUGCUCAACCCGAAGAAGAGGAAGGAGAAAAGGAAGAAGAGAAAGAAGUAGGGAAGCCAGACAUAGUAAGAUCGCCAAGCUGGUCUGCUUUUGGAUUUCGAUCAAAGAGCAAGGAGCGCAAAAAGCUGGUCAAGAAAGCCGAAGAGGCGAAAAGACGACUGGAGAAGCACGAGCAAGAAGUAGAAGAGGAGGCGGAAAGAGAUAGGGAAGAAAGGGUGAAACAACUGAGUAGAGAAGCCAGAGGAGAUAAAUCACUACGCGCAAGAUCUUUUCCCAGGGUUCGGCGCAAGUCAACGGAACGCAGAGUAAGCCAAACGGAUGCAGUCCCAACAUUGUGUGAUCUUGGCACAGUAGCAGAAUCCUUAGGAGGCUCCCCGUAUGAUAUCGCGACCAAUCUUCACCCGGGUAUUUCACGUGCAUCAAGCGGACACCAUCCACACCAGAUGAGUUCCGUGAUGCAAAGGCCGAGGUCUUUCGUCGGCAUGGACGACCAGACCGCGUCGGAAUUAAAUCGGGCUCGAAGCCGUGCCAGGCGCCAAAGUCUAGGGAGUCCGGAAGCCCCAGCAGACAUGAUGCAAACCAGUAGGAGUCAUUCUGUCGGAAGGUCACGCCCACAGUCAAUGUUUAUUGAACGCACACCGACAGACGAUCAGAGUCUAUUGAGUGCAAAGCAGACGAGGGAUCAAUCACCUAGUGCAAUUAUCUGGAAUGGAUCAGAACCUCGCUCAGGCGCUGUAGGGAGGCGUCUGCGGUCUACGUCUUUCAAUGAUCGUGGCGGAACACCAGGCAGGAAUCUCCGACCCCACUCUACCAUGGUCAAUGCGCCUCCCGUCCCAUCUCUCCCAGCUCUACGGAGCGUAGGACAAAUGAAAAAGCAAGAAACUGUCAUUGGGGAGCGACCGCGUAGCAUUGCCACCAGCUCUUCUCCCAGCGUUCCAACAUUGUCCCAGAGCACUCCAAACCCCUGCCAGAAAGCCGUCCAAGAUGAAAGUCUUGGCUGGACAGCUCAACAACGCGCCUGGUCUGAACGCCGCAAAUCAGCCGGUGCGGCUCUGAUGCAACAACAUCGUCUGACGAGGAACACUUCUCCGGAGGACUUGGUCCAAAACCACGACGUGCAAGACGAGCAGCCCGCGAUACAGUUAGCUGAAGCGCGUUUAAUUCAGUUGAGAGAUAUGACUUUAAGUCCUGGACAUUCGUCAACGAAUUGUUCGGUGAUGGGCCGCUAUGAAGGGGGCCUACACUUUGGCUACGAGCCUGGCUGUGGUCUUGGAGGUAGUGCGGGGACGAGGGGGGUCGAUGGCAAGGCGAGCCGAAAGAGCUCGCACUAUAGUAAGGGAUAUGGGCUUGAUCUGAGUGACGUGCCUAUAUUUGUGGCAGCGACGCCGAAAUGA